GCCAGCUGGUUUGCCGCGGGAAAAAGGGAAAACACCAUUGACAUGUGUGCAUGUGUGGAUGUUACGCCCACGUAGAUGUGUACUUGUGUCAGCAGCACGAAGAGAGUCUGUUUGAUGUUGACCUCCCAAGGCCUUCGCCAACUAAGCUUUGUUUACGGCACGGUAUAGAGGUGUGAAGUCUAUAGACUACUGUCCCGACCUGACUUGACGCCCAUAGGCCUAAUCAUCAUUAUGCAAAGUCUUGACAUUGAUGACAAUUUUGCAGGUUGGUCAUGAUCAUGCCACUUGCUAGUUGAUGUCACCAGUGGCAGUGGUGCUGUGUUGUUAUAGUUUCCGUGAUCUGCAUAGACCUGACAAGAGUUUAUCUGAAUUCUGAAGUCUUCCCCUAGAGAGUGAAUCGAGUGUUGACUGUUGGAUUGCCUUCUAGAUCUUCUAGGUCUAAUCUAAGUUGAAUAUCUUAAAGAGCUGUUUUAUUCUGGAAAGGCCUCAAACCAACCAACAUGAUGCAGACACCACCACGACAACCAAAACAUUUCCCAAGCAAAGCUGCAGAAGAGAUUGCCAAUGUUACUCCAACUAAGCUAAAUAGCCUGACGCUGAAGUCAAAGAGUGCAGAUGUCAAUCAAAAUGAGAAGAGUGAACCGAGCAGUAAUACCACCAGUGGACAAGCCACCAAGAGAUUGGACUAUCUAGCCUGGGAAGACUACUUCAUGUCUGUAGCUUUUCUAUCUGCACAGCGUAGCAAGGACCCAAGCUCACAGGUUGGUGCUUGCAUUGUGAAUGAAGAGAAGAAGAUUGUUGGUAUUGGCUACAAUGGGAUGCCCAAUGGAUGCAACGAUGAUGUGUUGCCAUGGAGUCGAGAUAGUGAAGAUUGGCUGGAGACCAAGUAUCCUUAUGUAUGCCACGCUGAGCUGAAUGCAAUUAUGAACAAGAACUCCGCCGACGUCAAAGGAUGUACUAUGUACGUAGCUCUCUUUCCCUGUAACGAGUGCGCUAAGGUCAUAAUCCAAUCAGGGAUUAGGAAGAUCGUUUUUCUCUCGGACAGGUACCAGGAAAAGGACACCAUAAAGGCAUCCAAAAGAAUGUUUGAUUACGCUGGAGUAACUUACAGUAAAUUCACACCGUCUCAGCAAACAGUUACCAUAGAUUUCUAUGCGCUGGAUCCAGAGGCAAGACCCAAGGACGAGAAUCAGAAAGAGGAGGAGCUCUAACACCUCAUAGUACCUCACCUCAAGGUCAUAUUGAUUAUCUCUGUCUUUCAAGGUCAUUUCUAAAUAUAUAUUUAUAUUUUGUUAUCACAAUAUUUAAAAGCAAUACAAAGUGUUGGUAUAUAAAACAUGAAAUGAAGUCAUUUUCCAAUAGUUUUUGGAUGCAUCUGCAAGGAUAGAACACAAUCCAAUAAAUCUACCUUGGAUUAUUUGCCAUUUUGAGAUGGGUUUAAGAAUGUAGCCAAUAGCAAACCUGUAUCAGGUCACAUGUAUAUAUAUGCUUUAUUUUUUCCAUCACGCUCAGCUUCGCAAUUUUUGUGCAGCAUUAUGUGAGCUCUGUGCAACCACUCUUCGUCAACGCAACUUGAUGCGUUCAAAGCUCAGACGCGAUCUAAUGCAUUUCAUACGGCAUGAUGAUGCGUACAUCGAGCCAUGCAUUGUACAUACGUUUGGCUGGGCGCGCGCACUGCAUGAUGUGACUUCAUCCAAUAAAGCAAAUGGCUGCCUUCUUGAUGUGGGACUUGGCUUUUUGAUUGGGUUUCUUAGGCAAUUUAUCAACUUUAUACUCAUAUAGGAGACCCAGCUUACAAAACAAAUAAUACAUGAUUUAGCUCGUGCAUUAGUGAUAUGCACUGCACUUGGUUAAGCCACAAUGAGACGGACAAUGAACUUGAUAAUGAAGUCUCUUUCAUUAGCCUAUUGUAAGUUUUCCUGCGUGCGGUGCAUAUUCACUAAUGCACUCGCAAAGAUGUAUUAUUUGUAUAUUGCAUGUUCAGUGACAAGUAUCUAUCAAGGCAUUGAUAAAUAAUGUGUUUUCAAGCUGGCUUGCUUUAUGAUAAAUAUGCUGGACAAAUUCUUAUUUGAGUUAUUAAACAGAAUAUGAAAAAUUUAUCCCAAGAGGUGUCUUAUCCUUACCAACACUUUGUAUUACUUUCAAUCUUAUACAUGUAUUGUCAGAG